AUGUCAUUCAGACCAGGUAGCAGAGGUGGUUCCAGAGGUGGCCGUGGUGGCUCUAGAGGUGGUUCCAGAGGUGGUUUCGGCGGUGGCCGUGGUGGUUCCAGAGGUGGUUUCGGCGGUGGCCGUGGUGGUGCCAGAGGUGGUCGCGGUGGUGCCAGAGGUGGUGCCAGAGGUGGUCGUGGUGGUGCUUCAAGAGGUGGCCGUGGUGGUGCCAGAGGUGGUGCCAGAGGUGGUGCCAAGGUUGUCAUUGAACCACAUAAGCAUGAUGGUGUCUUCAUUGCCAGAGGUAAGGAAGAUUUAUUAGUUACUAAGAACAUGGCCCCAGGUGAAUCUGUCUACGGUGAAAAGAGAAUAUCAGUUGAAGAACCAUCUAAAGAAGAUGGUGUUCCAGCUACCAAGAUAGAAUACCGUGUUUGGAAUCCAUUUAGAUCCAAGUUAGCUGCCGGUAUUAUGGGUGGUCUAGAUGAAUUAUUCAUUGCUCCAGGUAAGAAAGUUUUAUAUCUAGGUGCUGCUUCCGGUACAUCUGUUUCACAUGUAUCUGAUGUUGUCGGCCCAGAAGGUAUUGUUUACGCCGUCGAAUUUUCCCACAGACCAGGUAGAGAAUUGAUUUCUAUGGCUAAGAAGAGACCAAAUGUUAUUCCAAUCAUUGAAGAUGCUAGACACCCACAAAAAUACAGAAUGUUAGUUGGUAUGGUUGAUUGUGUGUUUGCCGAUGUUGCCCAACCUGAUCAAGCCCGUAUUAUUGCUUUAAAUUCUCACAUGUUCUUAAAAGAUCAAGGUGGUGUUGUUAUUUCUAUCAAGGCCAACUGUAUUGACUCUACUGUGGAUGCCGAAACUGUUUUCGCUAGAGAAGUUCAAAAACUAAGAGAAGAAAAGAUUAAACCAUUGGAACAAUUGACUUUGGAACCUUAUGAAAGAGAUCAUUGUAUUGUUAUUGGUAGAUAUAUGAGAAGUGGUUUGAAGAAAUAA